CAAUUAAUGAAUUUUUUAAUAUGGUUUAAAAAAAAGCAGUGUAAAUGUUAGCAUCUCAACCAUUUUUAAUGGCACAUCUCAGUAGCAUUCAUUGUUAGGCAACAGAUCUCUAUAUCUUUUCAUCUUGCAAAACUGAAACUCUACCCAUUGAACCACAAUUCCUGGUGAUAAUCUUUUUUGAUAGAUGAGGAAACUGAAGUGCAAACAGGGCAAGAAACUUAUUUUAUUCAAAGUGAAUUCUUCUAGCAUUUAUGCCUCUGCCUGUUGUCUGCCUAUAAAACUAUCUGAGGCCCCUUCUUCCUGCAACCAUUACACUAGCCAUCCCCUCCCUCAAGUGCCCCUCACAUCCUCCAUCUGUCCCUGCCCCCACCUUGUCAUCCCCUCCAGGUCAGCUCAGGUCUCAGCAUCUUGAACCUAGAUUAUUUCACUUGUCACAUGGCUCCCUGCCUCCAUUCUUGCCCCUUUCACUCGGCACUCCACAUGGCAGCCAGAGAGUCCUUUCCAAGUACAGAUCUGAUCAUUUAACCCCACCUUUAAAAUGUCAUUCCGUGGUUCUUCUCCACUUACACGAUAUAGUUCCAACUCUGCAGUCUGGUAUGCAAGGUCCUCACUGAUCUGGUUUGGACCAGCAUCUCCAUCCCACAUCUUAUCCUUCCAGGCAUGUUACACUCUUUUUGCUACUUUCCAUUCUUCAAAACAUGCUUUCUUGUUAUCAUGACUCUAUCCCUCUCAUUCUUCCCCUUGUCUCCUCUACUUCCAAAAUAUUCUUCAACGUCCAGCUCAAAUUCUUCUAUUGCUGUGAACACUCUCCAAGCACCGAUCAGAAUUCACCCCUUCUUCCUUUAAGCCCCAGUAGCUCCUAGGUUGUCUCCCACAUUAAGAACUGGCGAUGUGCCCAGAGUAUAGGGACUGGUCUCCUAGAGCUCCCAGGAUGAGGCUUCCAAGAGUGAGCCCCAUUAGUGAUGACUGGCCAGAUGAUUCAUUGAGCCAUUGAUUUCAUUGUGCUGCUCCUGCUUUCCAUUAGCCCAUAUGAAGAAAGAGGAAGGCACAAAUUUCUUGCCUGAUAAGUGGGAUAGUACAUAAGAACCUAUGCCUCCCAGAUCUUCCAUCCUCCUCCAUCUCUUCCCCUCCUCCAUCCUUCCUCCACUCUUCCCCUCCUCCAUCCACACAAGUUUGUCCAAGUUCUAGAUGGCAGAGGGCCCCGAACGCCUUGCACCAAAUGUGGGCCAGUCCUGGGUUAUUGCUGUAUUACUUAGAUUCUUCCUCCCAACGUCUACAUUCAUAGCAUUGUUCAUGAAUAUUUAUUAUGAACAUAGCUAACUGUCAACUUUUCUGGGGAAAAGACCUUAUGGUUAAUAUUCAAGUGUGUUAACUUUGAUUGGUUGGUGUUAACUUUGAUUGGUUCACUCAGUUCAGUGAACACUGAGUGCUUGGCAUGUGAAAAUUCCAAAGUGGCCAUUUUUACUGAAGACCGCCAAGGGAAGGAGAGCUAAGGUAGUCCUCUCAAUGUGGGAGAGACCAUAGCCUUGCUGACCAGGAGCAUGUGGCUGCUGAUAACCCUUAUCAGUAACAAGAGGACAGCCUCACGUUGCCUCAUAUAGCAUCCUCCGAUUCUUCCUCCACCUCAAUCCCUGUUGCUAUGGAGACCAUCAAUGGGACUGAGACCUGGUAUGAGAGCCUGCACGCUGUGCUGAAGGCUUUAAAUGCCACUCUUCACAGCAACUUGCUCUGCCGGCCAGGGCCAGACAACCUGACUGAGGAGAAGCGGGCCAGCCUGCCUGGCCGCAAUGAUAACUCCUACAUGUACAUCCUCUUCGUCAUGUUCCUUUUUGCUGCCACUGUGGGCAGUCUCAUCCUCGGAUACACCCGCUCCCGCAAAGUGGACAAGCGCAGUGACCCCUAUCACGUGUACAUCAAGAACCGUGUGUCUAUGCUCUGAUGCUAAGAGGCCAGGGACGGCAGAAGAUCAAGAUACCUGAUUAUCUUCUGGGGCCUCCGGAACUCAGCUGUGGGCCAUACCCAACCUCUGUGUCCUUAUCUGUAAGAUUAACAAGAAACAGUGCUAAGGGAGUUCAUUGUCAGGGUGGGAGGAGAAGAUCUGGCAGACCCGGGCCUUGUGGAUAAAGGACUUUUCCCAGCAAAGAUAGCCAUUCUAGCCAGUGGGAGCCGUAUGAACAAAUACAUAGACAUAGCAGCAUAUAAUAAAAAGUAGUGGCCUAGUGGCCAGAGUGUUGGGGGCUAGGGGCUCGAGGAAGGAGAAGAGGAAGUCAUAGCAAAGGGAAAUGAGAUAGGAAAAUACCCUGAGGACACGGUUUUUUGAUGUAUUAUCUUCAACAGCCAUGAGAGGCGGUGAUAUUAUCCCAUAUCACAGAUAGGAUAUCUAAGUUAUGUUGCUUUUUCAUAGUUGUUCACAUUUUAUGUUUUUCAGCCCAUUCAACAUUUGUGAUGUUCCCCCCCUGUGAGGGAAGCAGAGCAAAUGUUCUUCUGCCCAUUUGGGCCAGAGUGGUGCCAUGACUGGAACCCAGGACCUCUGGUCUCUUUGCCUAGUGCUUUGCAAAACUCUGUGCUACCUAGGAGUGGAUCUAGGCAUGAAAUUUACAUAAUUCUAGGGGGUCCUCCUUAAGAAAAAUAAUUUUCAAAUAUCUUAUUUUUGCAAAUAUUCCAAAAACAUAUCGGCAUAUUAAUACAUUGUUAGGUCCUCUCCUAAGACCUUAAGAAGGAGCCAUGCAAGUACAGAACCCUAGAUGUCAAGCCUCGUUAGCUCCAUGGUUCCUGUACCCUUUCAGCCAUGUCCCCCUGUCCUUCCCAGUUCCAUCGCCAGUCCUGGGGACUUUACUACCUCUAAGGCAACUUCUAACAUUUUGGUUGAAUUCUGUGAGAAAUUUUCUGAUACCAAGUUGAAAUCUUGCUUCUAGAAAAUUAUUAUUCUACCUAGAAGAUAUCAUACUAAAAGAAGCAGGUACCUGAUUCAGUGGAAAGAGAACCAGCCCUGAUUCUACUACCAGUGUGGUGUAUGAUCUGGCUAGAUACUUUUCUGACUCUUGUCCUUCUUCAGAACCAUGAAAUGGAAGGAAAAUUGAAAUAGUUGAAAGUCUCUAAGGGCUCGAUCAGAUCUGACAUUCUAGGUUUCAUGUACAUUGAUUUGAACCAUAUAAAACUGCUGUGCUUGUAGAUAAAAAAACAGCUGAAUAUUAGUAGUUUCACAUGGUUCAGCUGAAUACAUCAAAUGUGGCAAGCUACAAAUCCCAGACUGGAACCUUCCACUCUUCUGUUUCAUUUCUGUUUUUAAGGGAUCUCUAUGGGAUCUCCAGAAAGCCCUGUCAAAGGAUACAUAUUUGUGUAUAGCAAACACUUUGCAAGAAUAUUUCAAUAGCAUUUAUCACUGAAGAGGAGGAUUAUGGAUGAUUUUCCCUUUCUACUUUAAAAUUUUAUGUAAUAUUUGAUUUAUUUGACCAUAAGUAUGUUUCUUAUAUGAUAAGGUCAGGGGUGGGGGAGGGAGCUACUUCCACUUUGAAAAAAUAAAUGCCUGUGUGUUCCUUGAAUGGAGGAUCACAG